AUGAUAUAUGUAGUCUGCGAUGGAUGUGGAGAUAUGUUUUGCUUGAAACACCGGCAUCCACCAACACAUCAAUGUGCUUCACUAAACAUUGCAUCAGAAAACAAAGCAAAAAGACGGGAGAUGGCUGAAGAAUUAAUUGCUAAAUAUUUCAAGAAAACUAAUGAUGACAUCAAGGAUCAUAUGUCAACUUCGGCUACCUCGUCAAAAUCACAAACUUCAUUUACUGCGAAGCCAAAAAAAAAAGGAAACAUGGUCGAAAUUAUGAAAUUAAAAUCUAAAGCCCGGGGUGAUUCAUCAAUUCCUGCAGAUUCAAGAUUAUUUCUUAAUGCCGAAAUUUUAGAUAAUUCAAAUGUUGUUAGCAAACCAAUGUUCUUUAAUAAGAAUUGGACGAUUGGUAAAGUACUUGAUAAAGUUGCAAUAGAAGGAAAAUUUCAGAAUGUUAAUAAUCGGGUUACAGCCGAUGAUCCUGAUAGACUGGUCUUAUUAAUCGCAGAAACGGGAGAUGUUUUAAAUGCGGGACAAAAGGCAUGUGAAUUGUUAGAAAAUGGUGAUACUAUUAGUCGUUAG